AUGGAUAGGGAAAAGAGAGUCAACGAUGAUUAUGCUAAUGACGAGGCACCACUGUUAACUAAGAAGCUCAAGAAAGAGUCUGAUAAAGCCGAUGAGUUUUCAAAGACUUAUGGUAUUGGUGCCAAGCUUUUGGCGAAAAUGGGGUUUGUAAGUGGUCAAGGUCUGGGAAAGAGCAAUUCAGGUAUCGUAAAUCCCAUCGAUGCCACUACUAAUGCCAAUGUUGGUAAUAGGAAAGCUGGUUUGGGUAUGGUUUCAGUUAGUCAAGGUGAUUAUUACAGUUCUAGUGAAGAAAGUUCUGACAAUGAUCCUACUAAUAAAGCAUUUGUCACAUUUGAUAAAAAAGGCACACAAUCAAUAGCUGAUGAUAUCCAGGAUGAUGAUGGAAUGAAUUAUGUUUUAGUUGAAAAACUGAAAGGUUUGAAUAUUAUUACUACCGAGGAUGCAUCUCUUUUAUCUGAAUCAAAAAACUCACUGUCAAAACAAGAUACUAGUAACUUUUUGCAGGAGCUCCGAGGCGUAGAAGAAAAACUUGCAUCCAUUGAUGCUCAAUUAUCAAUCAUUGAGACUGAAUUCAAAGACCUACGACAUGAAGAAACCUUAUUAAGAAAUGUCAAAACAAGUUUCAUGCAAGAUCAUUCUUCUCUGGAAGGUUGUGCUAAUUCAAUAAUGGCACUUUCAGAUAGUGAACUCAUCGAUAAAAUGAUGUCAAAAUUACUACAGGAAAAGUUAGGGCCAGUGAAUGCGUGGGACGCCCUAGAUGGAGUGUGUAACAAUAAAAAGAACAUAUUUUUACUGAAUGUUUCACCGAUAAUUGAUUUUCUAAAGUAUAACUUAGCUGAAGAAGAUGAUAGUUUAAACAGAACUCAAACAGCCAUAUUCAAAGCUUGCUAUGAUAUGUUGCUCCCAUAUUGGAAAAAUUUUAAUUUAACUUCUCUUGAUAAUAUCGACAAUAUCAUAUCCAUAUUGAUUAAUUACGAGGAAGUACUAAAAUUCAUAAAAUCUUAUGCAUUUAUCAUUGAAAAUUUUAUUGAACCAAAACUAGUGGAGGCUUUACAACUUUGGGACAUCGACUCAGAUAAUGAUGCCUCUAUUAAUCCCAGUAUAUACCUGUUAGACAUGGUAUUAGUCAUAGAUAUCCACGAGAGCAAUAUAAGAUGCAAAUUAAAGGGGAUCUUAGAAAAUAAACUUGUUCUAUUUUGUCAUCAAUGGUUAAAAGAUAGCAAGAUAAAGAGUGAAAGGAAUCUCGUUUUUGUCAAAGAGUUUAUUGGAGUAGACGAUUUCAAUAAAAUUGUGAGAAAAAUAAUUUUGCCUGAAUUUUUAGGCUCAAAAUGGAGUUACCAUUUUGAUUUUAAUAAUGAGCUACGAUCCUUUUCUUCUCUUAUAGAUAGCGAUGAACCUUCAGAAUCAAUAGACUUUGUUAGAAGGUUGAUUACGUCACGCCCUUUGUUUGUACUAGAGGACUACAAUCAUCUAAUAAAAGGUGUUUUUAAUGAGAUUAAUAAGAUCAUAUAUCAAUGGUUAUUAUAUUAUGAUAACGGUACGACAACUUAUUGGUUCAACUGGCUUGUCAAUAAGAUAUUCAGAAAUACUCAACCCAUUGGCCAAGAACUUGUUGAAAUAGUCAAAACUUUGAAGUUUCUAGUUGGCUAUAACGGAAAUAAUGAUAAGUUAAAAUAUCUAAAUGAAAAUUGUAUUUGUGAUGAAAAUUUUGAUGUCAAAAAUAUAUUAAAAGAUGCAGAAAAACCACUAGAUCGAAAUGAGACACAUGAGUAUAACAUGCACAAUAUACCGACUAAAAAGGUUGCUGUAACGUUCAGAGAAGUUGUCGAGGAUUAUUGCGAAGAUAGGGGUUAUCUUUUGAAGAAACUUCCAAAUGCAUACAUUCAGUUAUCAGAUAUUCAUAAUUCACUAGUACCAGUUUUUGAGGUGACGAAUGAAAUUAACAAGAAAAAGAAGUCAAUAGCCAUAAAAAAUGAUGUUGUAUGGGUCAACACAGGUGAUGAGUAUGAGCCAAUUUACCUUUGGCAACUUGAACUUUCGUGA